UUUUUAAUACAGUAGUCCCCCGGCACGGUGAAGGCUGAACCAGUCCCGCAUUUUGUCGGAGCCGCUCAAGGACCAGCAGCGAUGGAUGACGUCUAUAAAGCAGCAGUUGAGAACUUGACAGAAGAGCAAAAAAAUGAGUUCAAGGCUGCCUUUGACAUCUUCAUCCAAGAUGCAGAGGAUGGCUGCAUCAGCACAAAGGAAUUGGGGAAGGUGAUGAGAAUGCUGGGGCAAAAUCCCACACCUGAAGAACUGCAGGAGAUGAUUGACGAGGUGGAUGAAGAUGGCAGCGGCACAGUUGACUUUGACGAGUUCUUGGUUAUGAUGGUUCGCUGUAUGAAGGAGGAGAGCAAAGGAAAAUCAGAAGAGGAGCUGGCUGAACUUUUCCGCAUGUUUGACAAGAAUGGGGAUGGCUACAUAGAUCUAGAGGAGCUCAAAUCAAUGCUAGAGUCCACCGGAGAAUCCAUCACUGAAGAUGACAUCGAGGAGCUGAUGAAAGAUGGAGAUAAAAACAAUGACGGCAGAAUUGAUUACGAUGAAUUCCUGGAAUUCAUGAAAGGUGUUGAAUAAAGGAUUCCAAUGAAGGCCACACAAUGCAUGUUACUUUUCUUUCGCCAGAUGGAUCAAGUCCUUCAGACAGGCUUAUUCACUGUGUUCACUGUGUGCUUGAAGCAACAUGCAUCUUCAGCAUGCUUUCAAAGUUUUCUGCUAUUAACUUAAGUGCCAAGGUUGUUUUACAAAACCGGAUUUUAAAUAAAAACAU